AUGAAGUUCCACCAGGCGGCGCUGCUGAGCACGGUGCCUCUCUUCUUCCUCGCCAAUGGCAUACUUGCCUCCAAGCCUUCCAGUGUGAACCUGAAGACGUUCAUUGGCUGCGCCGUCCGUGAGUUCACCUUCUUGGCCAAAAAACCUGGAUGCCAGGCGAUGCGCAUCACCACAGACGCCUGCUGGGGGCGCUGUGAGACUUGGGAGAAACCAGUGCUGGAUCCACCAUACGUCGAAGCACACCACCGAGUCUGCACGUACAACGAGACCAAGCUGGUAACCGUGAAACUGCCGCACUGCGCGGCCAACGUCGAUCCUUUCUACACGUACCCCAGGGCCAUCCGGUGUGACUGCGGCGUGUGUCUCACCACAACCACUGAAUGCGAGACUGUCUGA